AUGCAGGAGCAGCAGCAGCAGCAACCUUUCAAUGUGGGCUAUCAUCUGUUUUGGUAUCGUCAGCAACUAACGCGUCGCAAUGUGGAGUACAUGCGUCUAUCUAAAGCCAAGUACUUCAUUACGGAAACGCUGCUGGCCAAGACGGUGCGCAACUUGAAGGCUUGCUCCAUGGACGAGCUGAGGACAGUGAACAAUCAGAUUGUGUUUAAGCACAAGCUCAAGCAUCAGAUAUAUCGACUGCGCAAGCUACAAUCUCUGGGUAUUAAGAACGCCAAUCCGCACAUGCAGAGCACUGAACUGUAA